AUGGCUCGCUAUUACUUUUUCCUUUGUAUCCUUCUAACCUUUUCAUCGUCUCUUUAUGGAAUAUCCGCCGUGAACUACCAAGUAAUUAACCUUGCUGAGAAAACGCCUGGCGGAAUCCGUUUCACCAAAGAAAUCGGAAUUCCCUUCACAAAGACACUAAUGGGUACCAUUAACAACUACGUAUGGAACACCAUCUUGCAACAAAGCGAUCCUGCUGACCGAAAGCCUGUGCCCACUAUGACCAUUUACAUCAUGGAGUACAAAGGAGCCGAAGCUAUCGCUUGGGGUGAUAAUAUUAAUGUUAGUUCUGUUUAUCUACAAGGGUAUCAAGGGAACCUGAAAUGGCAAUUCACGUCCCUUUUGUACCAUGAAAUUACCCACGUUUUUCAAUGGGAUGGUGAGGGUAAAGCUCCACUAGGCUUGGUAGAAGGGGUGGCGGACUAUACAAAAUUAAAAGCGAAUUAUGCCCAAGUUGGUUAUGCAAAACCAGGAACUGGUAAUAAAUGGGACCAGGGGUAUGAUUUCACAGCUCGUUUUCUCGAUUAUUGUGAUGGGAUUACCCCAGGGUUUGUGGCAAAGCUAAACAAAAAGAUGAGGAAAACUUUUGACGUCAAGUUUUUUCAAGAGUUGACAGGAAAGCCCUUGGAUACACUAUGGAAGAACUACAAGGCUAAAUAUGGGAAUAUCAAGCAUGGUGAUGAAAUAACUGAAUUUGUUAAUUGA